UAUAUAUAUAUAGCUUUUUUUAAAUUGUCAUUUAAAAAUUGCCAUACUUUAAAGACAUCAUCAAAAUGUUAAGGGGUAAUCCUCGAGACCUCGUCAAUGUAACUAUAAUCUACAUACACAUUUUUCAAAUGUAAUCUGAUUACAGAAUCCAAAAUACAUGUAAUCCGUUACUACCCAACCCUGCCUGUUAAAAUAUAUAAACAUCAACUAUACAUUUUAUGUUUCUUCUCCAAGGAACGUAUUUUGUGGGUCACGUCCAUUGUUAGAGUUUCAAACAAAAUAAACAGUGAUUCAAUCUGUGAAUGCUGACACAUCCAAUGCCUUUAUGACGUGGGAAAUUAUUUGAUCCGUAUAUUUAAAAUACAUGUGAAAUGAUUUGUCGGCAGUAUUGUGAUAAAAAAGAGAAGAAGAGAAGAAGAAGAGAAAUGUGUCAAUAUGUCACAAAUGGUUUUAUUAUUUAUGCCUCAGAUUGUCUCCCUGGGAUUGUGUGUGUGUGUGUGUGUGUGUGUAAUGGAUCAUGUUCACACAAAUGAAAGAGCAUUUAGAUCAGAGCGUGCGCGUGCGCGUGUGUGUGCGCGUGUGUGUGCGCGUGUGUGUGUGAGAGAAUGUAUGUAUGAGUAUGUGAGUCACGCACCACUAUCCAGUCCCCUGGGCUUUGAGUUCUGAUGCCCAUCUUUCUACUGCAAACUGAACCCGCUGAACCUUCUGCUGUUUACACUCUCCCCCUCCUCCCGCUCGCUCGCGCUCUCUCUCUCUCUAUUUAUCUCUCUCACACUCUCUCAUGCUCAUCUAUCAUCCCUCCUCAUCUAUUCGUCUCUCUCUCUCACUCUCUCUCGUUUCCUCUCUCCAUCUCCCUCCAGCUCCCUACAGUGCAUCUCUCACGCUCCCUCGUGUUCUUCUCCGUCUUUUUUCUCACUCGUCACCUUCCUCUUGUCUCUGUGAACCCCUGCAGAUCAACACUUACUCAGACUUUAACUCUUCGCGGUGCAGACAAACGCACGCGCACACACACACGCACACACACACACACACACACUCAGGGGUGCGUGUGGUCAGAGAGACUAGAUGCCAUCAGAAGGAAAAGGAUGUUGGUGCCUCCAUCAGAUAUUGAAGCACUGUACUUGAGAUGGAGCCCAAGAUGGAAUCGCCAUCGUUUUCGUCCUCAUUCUCUCGAACCACCUUCACAUCCUCAUCUCCAUCCUCAUGGCUGUGCUUCACACGCACACACGCACGCACGCGCACACACACAGACACACACACACACACACACUCUGUGGCCACACUGAGCCUCUUCUGUCCAACAGCAGACUGUUAACAAUGUGGCUCUUUUAUCUCUGCAUUUCUGUGUCAGCAAACGUCCUGUUUUUCAUGAAUGUGUGUGUGUGUGCGUGUGUGUGUGUGUGUGUGUGAGUAAGUAGUGAAGGUGCAGGAGAAGGGGGGGGGGGGCGCCACUCGUGUCAGCUCUUCCAGAACAUGUGAGGCGUUGUUUCCGAGGCUCCGCUCGACGAACCCCCCCCCACAAACGGCAACGUCAAACUUCACCGCCCAACUUCUAAAGUGCUUUACUCACAGCGAGUGAGCGAGCGAAUGUGCGUGCUGGACACAGCUUUAUCGAGCUGUGUAGACGAGGGGUCACCGCAGGUCACCGCUCAGUUUCCAUGGGAACGCGGACCAACGAGGAGACGAAAUCCUCCUGAGUGACACCUCGGCUGAGUUGCACGUCGAGUGUGCGAAGCGAGACAAAGCAUAGGUGCCACCCUCCGUGUGUGUGUGUGUGUGUGUGAGCGCGCGUGUGUGUGUGAGCGCGCGCAUGUGUCGGUGUCCGCCGGGUUGGAUCGGAGGCGAUCUGUUAUAGUGACAGAGCAGCAAGUAUUUUUAUCCCGAGAGAAAGGACAAACAAUAAUGAAGAGGAAAGACACAGAGAGACGACAAGAGGACGAGUAAAGGAGACAGAGAGAGGCAGACGUGACAGACGUGCGGCGGGAGCGGGAUGUAUUUGACUGAUGACGUCGUCACCCUGGACGUCUCCACACCUCAACUGUUUCACAACCGGACGUGUGAGAGGAAAGCACAUGACGCGCAAGUGAUUUAACUAAGGAGAAAAAGAAAAAAAAGAGAACUGACUCAUUUGGUACUGUGAUGAACUUCUCGGUAUUUUCACAUUACACUGAAUGAAAUAGGUUCAUCUGUGUCCAGGCGAGAGCACAGCCCCCCCCCCCCCAACAUCAUCAACAUCCCCACGUGCGCUGCGAUUGGCCGACGGGCUAAGAGGCUGAGGUGGAGCAGCAAAUGGGCACGAGCCGCGGGGGCGGGGCUAUCCUGCAUGCAGCUCGAGGGAGGUUAAUGAGUGAAGGCGCUGGGCCAACGGCCAAACAUGAGCAGCAAUGCUAAGGCUCCCACAAUGAGCCUGACUGUAUUACCACUGAGCUCUGUCUAAUUAUACACUCCUCCCUGAGAGAGAGCGAGAGAGAGAGGGGGGGGGGGAGGAAGAGAGAGAGAGAGAGAGAGCAUAUCAGACAGGGGGGAAAGAAAAAGUUAUCAAGUGUCACUGUGUCACAGAGACUUGACUGUAGAGUGAAGUUGUAAUUGAGGUAGAAGGUGAGCGUCAGUCAGAGUGAAGGGGAGAGAGAGAGAGAGAGGGAGGAGAGGAAGGGGGGUUGGAAAGAUCAUGCAAGCUGGGUAGAGAGACGAGAGCACACAGCGGGGACGGAGAGAGAGAGAGAGAGAGUAGAGAGGCGUUAAGAGAGUGAGAAGGAGGAGAGGCAGGAAUAGGAUGGAGGGAGGGAGCGAAGGCUGAGCAGAGGAGAGGAGAGGAGAGACUCCACUCUCAAAACUGGAUUUUCCUCCGAGCUGCCGCCGCCGCUGCUGCCGCCGCCGCCUGAUCCAAUGAGUAAACUCUGCACCCGGCGAGGUGAGCGCUGCUUCAGUACGAGACAAUCCACGGCAAUCGCACAGUGAUGCUGAGUAGCAGCCCUCCACUCUGUCUGCGCCCCUCGUUCUCCCGCGAGGCCCAUGUGACCUAGCCCACACCCACACACCGGGGGCCCCCGCUGCCGCUGGAGCCCACCCAUGAAUCCCAGCCCCGACCGUGGCAAAGAGUGCCUCCCUCCCAAGAAGAGGGAGUCCCGGCAAGGAUCGGUGGAGCACCACAUCACCUUGGACGAGUUCAAACCCCCCGUGCCGCUCCGGAGUCGGCCCAGCGCAGGGAGAGGGGACGGGGGCAGGGAGGCCCUGGACCGGGAGCGGGCUCUGACCGAUCCGAACCCCCACCUCCUCCACACGCCCCCGUCCCUCCCUGCUCCUGCACCAUGCCUCCCCCUGUCCCUCCCGUGGCACCUGAGCUACUCCCCGUCCGUCUCCCACCCUCUCUUCCCUGGGCAGGUCGCCGAGCGGAGGGGCUCAGGCUCUCCCGUCUGGAGAGAUGACCCUCUCUCCUCGCCGCUGCCCCACUCCUCCAGGUGGCUUAGAGGGGACUCCUCCCUCUCCUUGCCACCUUCGUCAUCUUCACCCUCGGCCUCCUCCUUUAAGACUCCCUUCCCGGCCGACUCCAGGGAGAUGUGGCCCUAUGUCAACAGCGGCCGGCGCGACUACAGCUCCUCUCUCUUCUCCCCGUCGUACCUGUUUGGCCCCCACUCUCUCUACCCGCAAGACCCGAGCUUAGUGGAGGCCAGACACAGGUACCUGGGCAAGAGGCCCAAUGGCCUGGAUGGGCUGGGCAGCAGGACUGUCUCAGCCCCCAGGCCCCUGCUCACAGGAGAAUACGUGAACGAUGGCAGCAGAGCCAGGGUGGACUUCGGUCCGCACAGCUCCCACACCAACGGGGGGCGGAGACAUCAGGAGGAUCCGACGUCCCGUGGGACGUAUUUGUCAGACGCUCAAACUCAGGAGGACCCUGAGCCACAUUCCUCGCUGCAGGACAGACACCCACAUGGUCUGGUCAAGACGGGCUCCAAUCUACUCUCCACCAGUCCCCAUCCCCUCGUACCGGACCCCAGGGCGGGUAGAGGGGGGCCAUUGGACCCCAUGGGGGCCACACCAGCUGAAGCCCACAUCUACUACUCUCUGGGAUCAGGGUGCCACCCGAGCCCUCAGCCCUACCCCCCCUAUAGCCCCUCAGGGACACCUUUGUACAGCCUGCACAGGGAGCCGGGCCCCAGGCAGCACAGUCUGAGGAACUCGCCUCACUCACCGCUGGGUCCGAGUAACAGCCAUGACAGGUCACACCGAGACCAAGAGAGGGACAGAGAAAAGGUCGCGCUCAGGGACAAGGAUCGGGGGAAAGACAAAGAAAAGCACUCGCAGCGAGACGAAGACCAAGAAAGAGGCCGAGAGCGCGAGAGGCGACGGGACAGAGAGAGAGAGUCGUCCCCUUCCUCCUUUCACAGCUCACCCCCUGCCCCCCACCCGUCGCCCCCCGCGCUCCUACCUCACUUCACCAAGGGUUCCCUGAUCGAGCUGGCCAGCGGGCGGCUGAAGCGGGUGGAGGAGCUGCGGACCGACGACUUCCUGAGGAGCGCCGACUCCUCCUCCGAGUUCCACCUCAGCAGCUGCACCGUGCUCCUGAUCUCGCCCAGCAGCGCUCAGGGCUUCAGCCACCUGCAGGUCCACCUCACGGACCGCAACACUCAGGAGAUACUGAAGGUCUUGGCGGAGUACCCAUUCUUUGUGCAGGACCGGGGCUGGUCUUCUUGCUGUCCGCAGAGAACCACGCAGCUGUACGGCCUGCCCUGCCGCCAGCUCACGGAGGGCGACGUCUGCCUGGCCCUCACGCCAAAGCCCGCCCAAUCCCACCGGACACUGGCGCGCUCCGGCUCUCGGGCACAUCGCGUGCAACCUCCCGCCAGGGCUGCGGCCGAGUCCGGCGGCUCGCACAGGGAGGAGAUGCCACCUCCUCCUCCCCCUCCCCCUCUUCCUCACCACCCACACCCGGCCGCCCCGGCUCCCCCUCGCACUCUGGCCGCGGAUCCUCCCGCACGAGAGCAACCGCGGCCGCGCAAGCGCCGCUGGUCUGCCCCGGACGCCCUUGCCUCAACCGCAACUGACGAGAGCCUCCUUGAUUUACCUCAUGGAUCCAAACUAAUGAAGUGGCAGUAGAAACUUACAUACACAUGCACGCACACACACACGAGAACAUAUACACCCUCCUUGUCUCUGUUGCACCUAUAUGAAGACAAACAAUGGGGAGACCUCAAGGCAGGGUUGCAGGGAAGGAAUAAAAAGACUUGUAAUAGAAAUGUUGCGGGUGUCCGCGCUGCUGGAGCGGCGGCGGCGGCCGAACGAUCCGCAGGACGUUCAAUCCGUAACAGAUGCACUGAAGACAAUUAGUGAGACAAUCAAGCACUCGUCUGUGUUCACUCUGUUUUUUGUAAACGAUUGUCGCGCACACACACGCACACACACACACACACACACACACACCAACUUACUGACAAGUGUUUUUCUGCAGGGUAUCAACUUUCAGUCAGUGUUCAGGAAGUAAACGCUAUUGAAGAAGUGGCAGAUAUACACACAAACAAAUUUGACUAUAUAUAUAUAUAUAUAUAUUACAGAUGUUAUAUACAGUAAAUAUGCUAAAACAGAUUUAAUGCAAUCUCUCUGUCAAUUUCCCGAUGCGUCAUCUUUUCCUUUUGUUGCUGUUUUUCUCGCUUCCGAGCCGACUGUCUGCGUGUCGGCUCGGGCGAGGUGAAUGUACGAGCAAAUCUCUGCGCCUUUUUUUAUUUUUCAUCAUAAUUAUUAUUAUUAUUAUUAUUCUCAUCACCGGGAGUCGUUUCAAACAAUCGUUCGUCAAGGCAUUACCCUCCAAUAUGUUCUUAACAUUAUCUCUGAGGAAAGGGGAGAACACUAACGGAAAGAAAAACAUUUGCGUAACAAGACAAUCCCGCCCACGCAGACAGGUCUGUGCCACAUCGCCUUGACACUCUAGUGUUUUUACAUCAUAAAGAUGAAUGAUUGAAUAAAAAGAAGAGUAAUGGUGCUAAUAACACGUUGGAACAUGAUGCUUUGUGUAAAACUCUUGACCCCCCCCCCUGUACGCUUCUGUCCAAUCUCACGUUUAUGCACUGUUUAUGUUUGAGGGCAGGGAAAAUGAUGAAAGUAUUUUAAAAACUCAAGAUACGGGUAUCUCCUUUUGAUUCAGCACACUCUCUCACUUUAGUUUUUUGUUUUUUUUUUCUUUUUAAAUGUUAUAGCUACAGAAAUAUAUGUAUAUUUUUUAAAUAAAUUGUGAAUCUGUUGAUAUGAUGUCCGCUAGAAAUAAAGGGGGGAAAAAAAGCUUUAUAGAUUUAA